CUCUCUACCUUCUGCCCCACACCAAAAGUGAUCAGGUGCAUGACCAACACCCCUGUGAUUGUCCGGGAAGGUGCUACAGUCUAUGCCACUGGGACUCACGCAGAUGUGGAGGAUGGGAAGCUCUUGGAACAACUGAUGGCCAGUGUAGGCUUCUGCACCGAGGUGGAAGAGGACCUGAUAGAUGCUGUGACGGGGCUCAGUGGCAGUGGCCCUGCGUAUGCGUUCACUGCCCUGGAUGCUCUGGCGGAUGGGGGAGUGAAAAUGGGACUUCCCCGCAGGCUGGCUGUUCGACUUGGAGCACAGGCUUUGCUGGGUGCUGCCAAAAUGCUGUUGGAAUCUGAGCAACAUCCUGGUCAGCUGAAGGACAAUGUCUGCUCACCUGGGGGAGCCACCAUCCAUGCCCUGCACUUCCUGGAGAGCGGUGGCUUUCGUUCCCUCCUAAUCAAUGCUGUGGAGGCUUCCUGCAUCCGGACAAGGGAGCUGCAGCAUCUGGCAGACCAAGAGAAGAUCUCCCCAGCAGCCAUAAAGAAGACUUUGCUGGAUAAGGUGAAGCUGGAAUCUCCUUCUCUGUCCGUGGCAUCUGCCACCAAAGUCAGUCUGUUUACCAAUAAGAGCCCCAGCAGCAAGAAGAACUGACCAGGCUGCUCUAGUCUGGUGGUGCUGAACGUCCGUCUCCUCCAUACCUUUUAUUUUUUGUCUAAGGAAGAACUCUCACUCUG